AAACGGGCAAACAUUGGCCAGACGGAUCCGAAGGAAGACCUCCACUGAGCUUCUGCUGCUGCUCCGCGGCGCGCUAUUACGGCUGAACUCACAGAGGAUCCUAUUGGUCCAGAGACACGCACAAGCCAUUGCAUGGUGGUCACAAGGCAGACGAGAGCCGCUCAAAGCUGACUCAUAUCAAAGGCGCUCUGGCUCUUUGUAGUGCAGUGUUUGCAACAGGUGACAUUUUGGUCUGGAAACCGUUUAUGACUUUGAACGCUCGGCCCGAGCCGAACCUCUCCUGAGCCAGCAGCAAAGAAGAGCACGGAUUGGAGCAGCUGGGAGCUGCAGUGGGAAACUCACUGUUUGUUUGCUCUGUGGUUUGCAGGAAAGCAGUAACAUGAAGAUGCUCCACCUAAAAACAAAGGAAAUGGGGGAUCCCCUGACAGACUCCAGCCCCCUCAUCAGCGCAGCCUUCUCUGGGAAGCUUCGUCUGGUCCGCCUGCUUGUGGAAGGUGGAGCUCAGGUGAACGGGAGCAACCACAGAGGAGAGACGGCCCUCCUUGCUGCCUGCAAGGCCUUGAGAGGAGAAUAUGCUGAGAAGGAGAUUGUGAAACUCCUGAAAUUCCUGCUACAGAAUAAGGCAGAUCCUAACGCACAGGACCAGGAUGGCCGCACUGCUCUUAUCUACGCCUGUAUACAGAGAGCAGGAGCUCUGGUGGCAUCCACCCUCGUGGCUGCAGGAGCAAACCCAUGCAUGGAGGACACCUCUGGAACCUCAGCUUUGGUCUACGCCAUCAAUGCACAGCACCAACCCACAGUGCAGGUGCUAAUAGAUGCUUGCAGGGCCAAUGGUCGUGACAUCAUCAUCAUUGCUAUGGAGAUGGGCAUAAACAGCGGCCCGGUGAGUAAACGUUACCUGAAUGCACCACCAUCUCCGGACUCUUCGCCCGUGUCCUGCAUGUCCCCAUCUGACAUCGUUGUAAAGACGGGCUCACCAAACCCGUCCGAGGGAGGAAACAUCUUCAACUUCAGGGGAACAACAGGAAAACAUGGAAGCAGCAGCAGACGCUCAUCAUGUGAGCUGAGUCAGUUGAGUCUGUGCAGCAGUCCAGCUUCCAGACAGAGGGUAUCAUCUGAACCGUGGUUGGCCAUCAACAACCUGGACUCUCUGAACAGGGUCUAUAAAGAGGGAAUGAGGGAGAGGAACCUCAAGGAGGAAGAUGUGCAGGGUUUGAAGGAGGAGGAAAGCAGAGGUAGAGAUGCAGAUGAGGAACUAUAUUUCCAGAGUAAGGAAGAUGUGGUGAAAAAAGAAGAGAAUUGUAAAUGCUGGAGUGAGGACUCAGUCCUCUCACUAACUGAGAAAAGCUUGACUAUGAGAAAGUCAGACAGCCGUGUCCCUAAGAGGUGCUUAUCACCAGAAGGGUCAGACAUGAAGCUUCCGCCCAGCUCAUCCCCUCACUAUUAUCUUCGCAGGAACACCCUCCCCUCUAUCACAGUGGUCCCUCCUCCGGUUCACCUCCCUCCCUUAAUGAAGCAACCAGACUCCCACCUGCAGGUGCCAGCUAACAUUUUACCAGCUAAUAGAAGGCGCAUGUUUCAGCCCCACCCACCCAGCUCCACUCCCCCAUCCUCAGCAUCCUCGAGAGCAGCAUUACUCCCUCUUCUUCCCCUCACCUCCUCUCUGGUUGCUCCUCCUGGGUACAGCCACAAUGAAAGGAGCAGGAGCAAUCAUUUGGACUUCUGAGACUAUCAUACCUCAGGCAAUAUGGUCAGUCAGGUUUUAUUUUUUAAAAACAAGCAUGAUUAGUUUCAUUUGCAGUUUGCUGCCUUAUUUUGUAUGAACUAGUCAAUGUUGCUCUGCACAAAUAAGGUAACACUUUCACCUUCCACGACAUAGAUGUAAAACGAACAGCUAAAGCAAAAAUAACUAGAGCUCAUUUCUUUUCACUCGGUUUGUGUUUAAAUAUCUGUCUCUCUAGCCUAAUGGAAAUUGCAUAAAAUUUGCCCAAGUUGUGUAUUUUGGGGGAAGGUUUUGUUUAGUAUAAAUUUCAAAUGAAAUGGAGCAAUCUGUGUUUUUCAUUUUGUGUGCCAUUCAAUCUCAAUCGAAAUGCAUUUUUUUUAGUUAAAAACCAUCGCAAUUUUAAAUAGCAAUUUGCAUAAAUGGGAAAACAAACUCAUCAGAUUUCAGUUUCUAAAAUAAAAUAAAAAAAAAGAUAGAAACUUGAACCCUUAAACUAAUAUUUAAGGGGUUAAAAUGAAGUGUAUUAUGGUCAAAUUCAGUUCUUGCCAUGAAAAAUAUUUUUUCCAGGUGGACCAAUUUAUUUACAAAAAAUAAAAAUUCAUCAGGAUCAAUGUUUUUGCCAGUUUUUAACAAUCCCGGACAUGGUCUAUAAAUGGGGAAAAAUAUUCAACUUGUGUUGAUUAAAAAUAUACUCAGCCUUCUGUGUCUUAAAAAUAAGAAAGAAAAUGUCUGAUUAUGUAAAGUUAAUUACAUUUCAUUGAAAAUUGGAAAAAAUAUUUGAUAUAGAAUAUUUUUAUGGAGAUUUUCAAAUAAGUGUUUUUGUGUUCAAGGCACACAGAAAGAGAGAAAACAUCUGGUAAGGAUGAAAAUAAACCACACUUGGAAACACUUUCCUGACACAAAAAAAAAGGCUCUUUGGAGCCACGUCUCUCUAAAAUGGAAACAUCCAUCCAUCGCCUUUAACCGCCAUCCUUGCAGGGCUGCAGGGGGUCUGUCUCUAGUGGCUAUUUGGUGAGAGGCUGUGUACACCCUGGACAGGUCGCUAGUCCAUCACAGCACAACACAGAAACAGAACGGACAGAAAAUUCCUAAGGACAAUUAACAGAGACCAUUUAACCCAGCAGUCAUGUUUAUGGACUGUGGGAGGAGGCCGGAGUACCUAGAAAGAACCUAAAGUAGGAACACCACAACUUUACAUGUACCAACAGAGCAUGACUAAAUUGUUUUACCUGGAAAAUGGUUUUCUUGACAAAAAAUACACAACAGGGCUAUGUCAAACAGAUGUUUGACCUCCUAUUUGCAACAGAAGAUGGAAUGGGCACUCCUGCUUUCCUCCAAAAAGCAUAUAGAUAAGUCAUUGAAUCAAGAAAUUUGUUUCAAUAAGAAAUUAGACAGGCAUCUCUCAAACAAAGCAAACCAUUGUAGAAGUAAAAAAACAAAAUAACAUUUAAUUAAAAAUUACAUGUUGAAAGUUGUUUAUAACCCAUUUGUUACUCAUAUGUAUUUACAGGCUGACUUAACUUGCCAUAGAGUGCAUUUAAAUCCCUGGGUAGAGUGCUGGUUUGGUAGGUCUCCAAGCUAGACAUUUAUUAUGUCUUCCUCCUAACUUGACAAAUCUGUCUUAUGAUUGCUUUUCUUUAUACAUGUUUUAAGUAAAUUAACAUAACAGUUAUAAGCAGCUUAUAAGUCUGAACACAAUGACAAAAAUGCUGCAUGCCUUUCUAAAUUAUAACUAUCACAACGAUCUUUACAUUUUUAAAUAGUUUGAUGGACUUCGUUCAAUUAUUUAAAAAAAACGCAAAGUCAAAGGGUCUAAAAGAAACCAAUCUCAGCACAAACAUUGUAAAUAAUUUUGAGAGAGAAUGUUAAGAGUUUAAAUCUAGAAAAAAACAGCACCUUGUGUUCAUGGCAAAAGGAGUGAAGUCAUUUUUAUUUGUUUUUAAUAUGUAUCUACAACAAGGGGGACACAGGCAAAAAACGACUGACGAGUUGAUGAAAAUUAAAAACAACCAAAUAAAGUACAUUAAUCAGCUUCAAUGUAAGCUUCCAACGUUUUUCCAAUAGGCAACUUUUUUUGUCUAAAGUAACUUUACAAUAUAAAGAAACAUACGAAGGAACCUCUUUUUUUUUUUAA